CCAACUCCGCUCUCCUCCUCACACAGCUUCCCGCCUGACCCUCUCCUUUCUUCUCCUCAUGCCAUAAGCUCGAUCAUAAAUCUAGGCAAUGCCUCCGCCUCGGACGAAUCCCAUCUACAUUUUCCAAUGUCCACACACGAGUCUAUCCUUGUCUCCGCGCGCUAUCCAUGGGAAUCAGCGCAAUCUCACCCGCCAUCAUGGCACGUCCACGCGACCAACAAGAACACAACUCCAACAUGCGACACACCCUUCUCUCCCACGCGCGCAAUUCAAAGCCUUUGCAACGAGUGCCUCUCGACGCAAAGAACAAAAUCAUUAUGACACCCUCGAUCUCCCGAUAACAGCUACGCCGGCUGAAAUCAAAAAAAAAUUCUACGCCCUCUCUCUGCGCCACCACCCAGACCGCAACCGCACCGACCCAACCGCCAGCCAACGCUUCGCCAAAAUCUCCUCCGCCUACUCCGUCCUCUCCAACCCCCAGAAACGAUCCAGCUACGAUCGCGACAACGGUUUCCACCACGCCCACAUGCACCACCACCCCACCCACCCGUCGGGUUCCCACAGCAGCCACUCGGCGAAUCUACACAAAGGCAGCCACGGGGGAGGAGGGUAUGCGGGGUCGAGACCGGCGAGUGGAUUGAGUAACCGGCGGGGAACGUUUCGGGGGCCACCGCCUAGCUUUUAUGCGCAGGGCGGGUAUGGGGAGACGGGGAGGACGGGGGAUGGGUAUGCGACUGGGAAAGCUGGGCCAGGCGCUGGUGAUGGUACUGGCAGUGCUAGUACUGCUGGUGGUGGGUUUGGAAGUACAAGUUCGGGCGGAGGGACGCCUGGUUCCGGUAACCAGGCCGAUCCUGAAGAUCCAAUGGGCUUUAUUGACCGCAAUCCCCUCGGUCACUUCAAUGCGCGUGGACACUUCCGAACGCAGAAAGCCGAGGAUGCUAGACGGCGAGAGCGUGUGUCCAAGGCUAGAUCUGCGGCGAGGGAGACGGCGGAUUCGUUUAUUGGGGGUGGUGAUUUCGGAUUGGUUCGGUUUGUGGUUGUUUGUGGGAUAUUAGUGACUGCUGGUGCUAUGACGGGAUUAUUUCAGUUUCCCAUCACGACCGGUGGGGAGGAUGGGAAGACGGGAAAGAAGAAGAAGGAUGUGGUGGUCUCCUCUUGAAAAGAUAGAUUGGAGGAGCCAUGUUUGGGGUGCUGCAUUGAUGUACGAUAUACUCCGACUGUGGUUUUCUAUGCAUGCCAUGCUCAGGUAGCUGGCUGACACUUGAUAUGAGUCGUUGGGUGACGAUUACAAAUAGAUAUUUCUUAUCAAACAAAGGAAAAGCUUGAGAUUUGAUAUACAAAGCGCGCUCGCGGUACAGAACUACGACACGCACAAGAUUAUCUGAGAAUAGAGUGUAGAUAGAACCUUCACUGAAAACACCAUUCUGUCCAAAAGAACUGGGAAGACCGGCGCAGCAACGAAGAAUUACAAACUUCUCCAGGAACCCUCAUGAGAGGACUCUCGAGUUACCGAUGAAUGGCAAGGUAAAGGCAUUUAAGCCUCGAAGGUGAAGCUGGCGCCAACCUUGUGGGCGGCCUGGUUCAGGUUCUGGGUAUCGAAAGAAGCACCCAGGCCGAGAGUGACACCGGGGCGGAGGAGAACGUUGUAAGCCAGAGCGGCGAUACCACGGUCGUUGAUCUUGGCCUAUUGGGGAAAAAAAAGAGAUGGGAGUUAGUUUUUGUCUGAGGUGACAUAUCAUCUGACCUGCAGGAUGGACUCACCUUGGCGAAGGAAGAGGGGUCCAGGCGGUACUUGCUGGCGACCUCGAGGCCGACGGCGUUGCCGGAGGUGGAGUCCCAGGAAGCCUUAGCACCAGCCUCGACCUGAGCGUUGACGCGGUGGUAGUAAGAGGCGGAGAAGAGGGACAGGUUGUUGCUGGCAGUGAUGGCAGCAGAGUACUGGGGAACGGAGUAACCGACGGCAGCGGAGUACUUGGUGAUGGCAGCCUUGUUGACAUCGUAGCCACCCUCAGCACCGACCAGGAAGCCCUCGUGGCCGAGGACGGCAUCGAGGUUGGCAGUGGGGCCGUUCAGGAGGUCGAAGAAGGCACGGGCGUGCAGGUUGGGCUGCUUGAAGUACAGGUUGAGCUUGGCACCCUUGGACUGCUUGGCGGGCUGGUACUGGGUAAGGAUCUCAGCCUUGAGGCCCUUGGCAAUGUUGUUGUCCAGCUCGAGCUUGGUGUCGAGGGCGUUGGCGGUGGUCCAAGCCUGGGUCAGGGUAAGACCUGGGUGGGGACGAAGCAUUAGCUUAACUGAAUGCGUGGUAAUAUUUGAGAAAACAAAAAGGGUCACCCGGCGCGACACGAGGUGGCCGCACGACAGAAAAAACGUCAUGGGCCGAGCCUUGGACGCGUCGGGAUCGGGUGGUUUGCGCUGGAUGGGGCCCUUACCGGUGGGCGCAUCAACGUACUUGGCCUCGAG